AUGAAAUUCGGUAUAGCUUCCUAUGAAAUUCUAAAAUCCAAGAUAAUACUAACAGUAAAAAAAUCCUAGGAGGGGGGAUCAGGAAAAUGCUAAUUUUUUUCGCAAACUCCGAGUGCAAAUUCUUUUUGAUAAAAUUCCAUCAUUUGGACUCAACAUCACCCUCUAUGAGUUUCAUUUGGGUCCCAUGCUCAGAAGUCAAGAUUCAGCAUACUGAAAAAUCCUGGAUACGUCACUGUUUGUCAACGAGUACGUCAGGUUGGUCCUGAUCACGUAUCCUAUGAGUGCUAAUCUUCUAAGAAAUAUGAAGGAUUCGUUAGUCAGUAAAUACAAAAGAAAUCGAAAAGAAUUUCUUGUAUAUUCGAAAUCAUUAUCCCAUUUCGUUGAGAAUAUCAAACCGGGUGGGAAAAUUUUGCAUUUGACAGGCUCUACCAUUCCUUUAUGUGAAGACAAUUGUUAUAUCUUUCGAAUAAUUCAUUCUCAUAAUAAUAAUACCGUUAAAUAAAAUAAGCAUAUACGAAUAUAUCAGAGUCUCGUGCAAAGUAUUGAAAUUCUGAUAGAAUAAUUUAAAAAUUUUAGUGUUCAAGAUACUUUAUCAUCCACUUAUAUUAAUCAUCAAACAACAAACGAAAUUGAUAAUUCAUUACUUGAAACAACAAAUCAACUUUCAUCAUUAUCAAUAAUUGAUAAUACUAUUUUACCAAUUGUUCCUCCUGAAGGUACAUCUCAUUUAUCUGACCAUUUAACUGAUACAUCAUCUCCAAUUCCAACUCAAUAUUCAUCUCAACCACCAGUACCAAUACAAAUUCCAAUAACACGUUUACCACCAACAUCAACACCACGUGCUCCAGAUCAUACAUCAACAACAUCUCAAUUUAUGUUAAAUAAUCUUCAACAGAGUAAUAGUGGUAUACCUUCAUCAGCAUUUACUCCAUUUAAUACUCUUGUUAAUUAUUCAUCUUUACCAAGAGAUUAUUCUCAAACAACAAAUUGGAAUCCACAAACAUCAAAUUAUAAAACCAAUUCAAAACAAGCAAUUUUUCCAACAGGAACAUAUCAACAACAACAACAACAACCAUCAUAUCAAAUACCAAGUCAACAACAACAAAUCUUUCUUGGAACUUAUCCAUAUUCUCCUUUAUCACCAGCAGUUGUUCCUGUAUUUGCAUCUAUUGAUCAAUGGCCAACAGCUACAUUUUCAACACCAAUGGAAUCUUAUCCAUAUGCAACUACUAAUUAUAUAUCAACGUAUCCAAAUCAACAACAAUUUCAUCUACUAACAAAUAAAUAUGAUCCAUAUUCAUAUGAUAAAGAAUUUUUUGCACAGUAUGGUCAAACACGUUCAAUAAAUAAUGACAUAUCAUAUCAACAACAACAAACAUCUUCACUACCACAAUCAACAAAAGAUACUCAUACAACAAGUAAAUUAUCACCAAAUGCAGCUACAUUUUGUCAGGGAGCUCCAUUGGCAGCAUCUCCUUCAACAGCAACAACUCUUUUUUUAAAUCCAGUUGGAUUUUCCAUGCCAAAUUACUAUCCAUCAGUAGCUGGAUCGAUACAUCAAGAUCGAAUAUUGUCAUAUUCUUCUCUUGAUAAUCGUGAUAAUCGUAGUGGUGCUUCAUAUAGUAGUACUAACAAUCGAAAUAAUUAUUAUCAUCAUGGACAACAACAACAACAACAACAACAACAACGUGCAUAUAAUAACAAUGGAUCAAAUUCUACUUGGCAUUUGCAACAGUAG